UCCACCAUACUGCCCUGCCAGGGUUGGCGAGAAGGUGACAGGACACCACUGCAGGGAACCCGGGCUCCCUCCACCUGCGGCUGAGGAUGAUGCCAUGGCUGCCCUGAGGUGGCCCAGGCCCUCCCAACAGCCAGGUGACCUGCAGGGAGCUCCCCACGUGGCCUGGUCCGACCACACCGAGCAGCCAGGCGCCCGGGGGAAGGCCCACAGCCACCUGGUGUGGUCGGAAGGCGAGGAGGCCAAGGAUGGGGACAGCUCGGUGUCAUCAGGCCGCCUCUCUGGCUCCUCUGGGGGCCACGACUCCUGCACAUCUCCCCCCGGGCCCUGGAAGGAGAGGCCCCCCCAGGUGCUGGGGCCCCGGCGGCAGCCCAGGGAGAGCAACCCACGGCUGGAGCAGCUGCGGGACAAGAUCCGGGCCCAGGCCCAGUGGCAGGCCAGCUGCGCCUCCCUGGGCACCUCCACACUGUCCAGCGCCUCACGCCUCUACAGAGCCUCCAAGCCAGACCCCCGGAGGAAGGCCGGGAAGCCGAUGCACCCCACUCCAGCCCCGUGGGAGGCGCUCAGGCCUGGGGCCUCCGUCAAAGGCUCAGGCGGCCUGAGCGUGGCUCCGUGUGGAGUGGAAGACAGGGCAAUCCCCGGCCAGGGGUGCAAGCUGUCCGGGGUCGCCCGGCGCCAGGCCUCAGUUCCGCGGGAGAAAGCCAGAAGGAGGCAAAGCAGUCCUUGCAAAAGGGAGAAGGCCCCCAGAUCACCCAUCCCCAGAAGAGCCACCAAAGACAAAGAUUCUGAGUUGGUUGGUGUUUACGCCUGGAGGAAAGGACCCGCCCUGGUGAGGGCCCUGCUUGGGCCCCCUCCUGCCCUCCCCAGACUCCAGAGCAAGGCUCCCUCAAGAGACCAGGCCCCUACCGUGGAAUUAGGAGACAGCAAGAGAGUUGGAGCUGCCGAGAGCUCCCCUGUCUGCCCCCGGAUGCCCAGUCCAGCCUCUGUCCAAGGUGACCUGCAGCUGUCUGCCAACGCACCCAACCUGGCUCCCUGCGAUCAGCCUAUGACCAUCCAAAACGCUAUGGCCAUCCUUAGAGACCUCCGCCAGCAAAUCCAGGCCGGGCUGGAGCUGGCCCGGCACCGCCACCCCAGGGGAGGGCCAGAGCUGGGGCGGUCAAAGCUGUGGCUGCAGGACCUGGCGGGGAGGAGGCAGUGGGGCCCCUGGAGCACCCCAGACGUGCGGGGCUCCUUCUCCAAGAGUCCUCAAGCAGGGAUGGAGGGGAGGCACUCCUCCUUAGAGAGGCCUGGCAGCUUCCCCACUGGGCAUCGCUGGAGCACCCUGGCUGGGUGGGAGUCCUAUCCCCAGCAGACUGGAGCGGCCCCAGGACGGAACCCCUCCUUCCAGAGGCCCGGGAGCCCCCCUGAGAGGCUGACCUCCUUGCUGCAGCGGCCCUGGAGUGCCUCGGCCGGGCAGGCCUCCAGGCCCCAGCGGACCUGGGCCACUUACGAAGACUGGGAGAGCCCCGCCCGAAGACCCUGGAGCCCUUCUGCCCAGAGGUCCCGGAGUGCCUCCUCCACGCAGGGCACUGGCACCCCAUGCAAGGGCAGAGGCUCCCUCCUGCCGCCCUCCGGAGUGGAGCACGGCUGGCUGAGGCCCGCCAGGGGCGCCCCUGGGAAGGAGGACGAGGUGCGGGUGCCGCCACCCUGCCCGAAGCCCCGGGGUGCCCUGGGCCACCCCUACAGCACCGAGGUGCUGCGGGAGUUCAUGCGCCAGAAGACGUUGGCGCGGAGGCGGCAGGCCCUGGAGGAGAAGGCCUCGGCCGUGCGGGCGCUCGAGCUGAGGAACCAGAGGCUGCAGGAAGUCUACAGGAAGCAACGGGAGGCCGUCCUCGGCAAAGCCGUCCCUGUGGUCUCCCAGACGACCCCCGGCAUUGUGACCUUUUUCCCGCAUUGUGCGCCAUCCAAGGGCCUGGAAGCUCCCGGGAGCCUGGGGUCGCCUGUGCUGGAGUGGAGCAAGGUGACCUCCGGCAUGGUGCUGGGGGACCAGGAGGCCCCGGGCAGCUUCUGCUUGUGUUUGAACAGAGCCUUGAAUCACACUGAGACUCUAGAGAUGGACGGCCCCCAGGACGGCUGGGAUGGUGCCCCCAUGCUGAUAUCCGCCCGCUCCUCCCCGGGCCCCCUGAAGCUCCAGGACCUGACCACCCGCCCCCCGCGCCCAGGCAUGUGCAUCUACCUGGACCCCGAGGAGAGCGAGCGCCUGGUUACACCGGGGCCCCUGCACUUCCGCUACAAGCAGGCUCGGCUACAGGCGCUGGAGACCAUGGCCAACGUCCUGAAGCAACGGAUUGACAUCCUCACGGCCAAGCUGCACAGGUCGGAGGCACCGGACACUCUCGGGGACCUGGUCUCAGACCUGUCACCCUCACGUCGCAGCACUGUGUCCACAGCCCCAGUCUGCUCUGGAGCCCUGGUGCCCAACAGGAGCGGAGGGGCCCCCUGGGACUGGGCAGACAUGCCGGCCAGGACACUUGUCCCUCCCACCUGCUUCCUGGACGGCAGGACUCUUCCGUGGAGCCCCGACUGGGAGCGGCGACAGAGCAUGAGCCCAAGAGGCCACUACGACAGCAAGCCCCGAGGUUUCAUUGAGGACGGGCGUUUGGAGCUGGAUAACAGGCUGGCAAGAAACACGGCUUCCUUGCAAGCCCUCAGCCCCUUCAUCGGAAGCUCACUCGGGGUGCCAGCCAUGUUGGACCCCACCUGCGGCUCCCUGCAGCUGGAGGAGAUGCCGUCGGCCAGAGGGGCGGCAGGCUUGGUCACACCCUGGACCGCGCAAGGCUGCGGUAAGGGCGAGCCUACGGACAGGCCCUGGGCUGGCUGGUCGGGUGGCCGGGGAGGUCCGCUGGGGACCCCCUCCACUGCCUGAUGCUCCCGUGUGGUCCUACGGGUUUAGAGAGAUCCUUUUCUAUGUGGAGAGUGUCCACGCGUCAGUAUUAAAGUUUUUU